ACAUUGAGGAGGCUGAGUGGGAGGAGAUAUGCAGAUGGUACCAGUGGGACCCUAUUAGUGGCGCCUGCAGUCCCCCAAACUCACAGUAGACUGUUGUCACUUGCACAGAGUCCACCACACCCACAGCCAGCAUCAGGAUCAACAUUCACAGGGUGGCAUUCUGCUUUACAGCACAGCCAAAAAAGGUUGUUUUGUGGAGACUGAACUGUUUUUUUUUUUUUGCAGUCUUUUUUUUAAUUUACUUUGUGUUCUGUGAUAUUUUGUUUUGACUUUGGAAUUAAGAAACCUCGCAAACGAAUGGAGUGGAGUUUUUAGGGUGUUAUUUACCCUUGAUGGAGGAAUACCUUAUUCUUCUGUGAUAUCACCAUCACCUCAGCUUGAAGACUUUUUUUUCACUACACUUUUGACAGAACAGGCGGAUAUUCAAGGAUGCAUUCUGCAACUGCUGUGAGUCAUUUUGUGUUCAUGGCUCUGUUUUUCUCAGCGGUCGAAACCAAGUUCUACAAGCCAUUCCAGUUUCACCAGUAUAAAACUGGGCUCAGUCAAUACCAUGACCAAGGAAAACCCACCAGCAGACACAAGAACCACUGCGCCUACGUCAUUGAAAAGACAGUGUCCUUCACUGUGCAGGAUGGGGCAGCUCCUUAUGUAAAAGCUGAGUACAACAAAUGCUCCUGGAGGCAAAAAUGUCCAACUCUCUUGUAUCGCCUGUUUUACAAGCCAAUCUACAAGGUGGCACAUAAAACUGUCACAGAGCUGGAGUGGCGUUGUUGUCCUGGGUAUUCUGGUUAUGGCUGUAUGGAGGGUCAUCCAGUUUACCACUACCAUAUGAAAAUGAUGCCACCAUUCAAGGGCCCACCAAUGAAAGGCCCACAAUUCAAGGGCCCACAGUAUAAAGGUCCCAUGUUCAAGGGUCCAAUGUUCAAAGGCCCACCUAUGAACACUGCAGUGAAAGCCAAUCCAUGGAGUCAACCUAAAGGACCUCCCAUCAGCAGCUUCAACUCUUAUCCAAUGCGUCAUUUUGGGCCUCCGUCCUCUUUCCCAGACACCUCCUUUGAGCCUUAUCCAUCUGAACCAGAGCAAAUGCCAGAACACCAGGGGCCACAUGACACAGAGAACAACCAAGAACAUGAACACGAGCAUAGUCAAGGACCGGAGGACAUCAUACCAGAGGAAAUUCCUCCUCCUCCCUCUGGCGGUGAACAGCUCGAGGGUGAGAACAUAGGCCAGGCUGUUGACAGUGAGACAGAGGAGCGAAUAUUUCGAAUGGAGGAGGAUGUGCGGCAUCUAAACCAGGGUCUGGAGACCCUGAGGGCAACUGUAAAUGGACUGGAGGAUAGUUUAAGAGCCUCGCUAAGAGAGGAUGCGAACAGGAUGCUGUCGGCUCUGCUCUCUGCUGCCCCUGGUCCUGUUCCUGCUCCAGCUGUAGCGUCUAGCCCAUCCACUGUUGGGUUUGUAGAAAUUCCCGGUGGAGGCCCUGACACAGAAGGUCUAGAUGGCAGACAUGUGUUUCCGGGAGUAACAGAACUGAAUGAAAGGGUAGAGGACCUCAGGACAGAGCUGCAAGCCAAGACAGCAGAGCUGCAGGAGCUCAAAGCAACAGUGAUGGGGCAUGAUGGAGCGCUGGAGAAGAUUUCUAAUAAAGCAGGAGGGGUAUCAGAUUCCACUGGCAAUUUUGGCGAAGCUAUGGAGAAGCUAAUGGAUGCCAAACUAAGUGCAGCCAGGACUGAAAUUCUUGGUGGUUUUGAGAAGCGUGUGGAAAGCACAGAGAGCCGAUGCGUGGAGAAAGCUGGGGAUGUAAGCAGUCAGUGCCAGAGGGAACAAGGUGAACGGCAGCAGCAGAUGGAAGAUGCCCUGCAGGAAAGUACCACAAAGACGACAACAGAGCUGAGAAACCUGCAGGCACAGGUCCAUGGUUUAAAAGCUACAGAAAGCUGCUGUGGUAGAAUGACUGGACUGGAUGAAAGGGUGCAGCUGUUGGAAACAUCACUGGCCGGUCUCAACCAAUCCCAGAGACACCUGAGAGUGGAGCUGGGUGGUCAUAAGGACCACAUAGAGGGAAUGCUGGAGGGCCGUUUGGCAUAUGUGGAGGCCAAGCUAAACCUGACUGGUCAGAUUAAAAGUGAUGAGUCUGGAAGGAAGAGUGGUGUCCUAGACAGAACUGCGACAGGACAGGGCUUGGAGGCCAGAAUGGAGGGUAAGUUGAGGGCUCUGGAGGGCCGUUUAAUGACAGCUUUUGAAGAGCUGGGCAAUGCCACAGCUCCCGCACUGCUGGAAGGUCAUGCUGUUCCCACUCUGGAGACAGAGCUGGAGUCCCUCCGAGGGAGACUCGAGGUGGAUGUAGACAGAGUGCAAAAGCAGCUCAACAAUCUCGAGAGCCUUUGCACUUCUUCCUGUUCCUCACCUGAAAAAUCUGUCAUUCAGGGAGACUCUGCUGCACUGAGUGAAAAAAUGGCAGAGGAGCAAAAUGUGAAGGAGGCAUUGGACCUGCAAGGGGACCGUCUAAAUAGCUUCAAUAAUACACUGCAGAACAUCCUAAAACGUCUGACCCUCAGGGACCAGCAGCAGCAAGCGGAGCAAGAUUCUCCCAUUCAGGGAGAGCUAACAAUCCUCAAGUUCAAUGUUCGUUCAGUCAACCACACCCUGAGAGGCCUUCAGGACUCCCUGGGGAUGGUGGUCCAUCAGGUGGGUCAAGCCAACAGCACCUGGCAUGAGAGAGAGUCUCGCAUGGCCCAGCAAAUAAAGGGUGUGGUCCAGCUGGUUGGACAUCAGGCUUCCAUGCUUGGGGCAGGUGAGCGCAGACUGACCCGACUUAAGGGUGAGCUGCAGGAGAUGAAGAGGCGGCUAGCCCAGGAGGUCCGAGGGUGUCAGAGCACUGCUAUGGUGGUUCAGAAAGAGGUAACCGAGGUUGGAGGGCGUGUUGCUAGUGUAGAGGACCAGUGUAAGGGCCUGAAUUACUUGGCCGAGGACCUGGAGAGAAUCAGAGAGGAGCUGGAGAGACAAUCGAAUGGUCUUCUCCUGCAGGUCAAUGGGACUCUCUCCAGUCAUGCUCAGCAGCUGUCUGAGCUCAAAGGCGAACUGAGAAACUGCACCUCUAAGGUAGAGCCAACACAACAGAGUUUAGAGAUGACGCCAGGGCUGAGACGAGGGGACACCUUCACUUUUAAUUAGUUCACUUCAUAUGGACAAUCAUCUUCUAAAAAUGAACAAAAAGAGGGUAAAUAUUCUGCAGGUAUAGUAGGGUUCCACUAAAACCCCUUCUUCUUAUUUGAACUGUAAAAAUGCAAAGCUUUUGAACCUGCACUGAAAUAGGGACUAUUUCUGUUAGCUUACAACAUGAAAUGAAAUUAAAAAAAGGCAGCUAAUUCUGACUGCACUCAUAACAGAACCUUGAAAGGUGCAUUAAGGUGCUAAGAUGAAGUGUUUAUUGUCAAUCACUAUUUGUUAGAGCCCCAGUGAUUGAGUGAGAGACAAAGUGACUGCAUCUGUCAUACUGUACUGUUUCUCUAAAGCUUUAAAAAAAUCUUAUAUGAACAGUUGUUUAACAAUGUUUACAUUUUUAAUCUUUUGUACUGAUUUUUUUAUUGUCUAGACUAGAAGAAUGCAAGAUGUCUUGUUUUUAUAUGGCUCCAGCUAUUGGGCAUUGUAACCCUGAAUAAAAUGUUAGAAUUUCAAGCUAUGCAGUUUAUUUUUAAGGUUUUUUAGUACUGACAAUUCAAUAAACAAGUUUCUUAAGAGUUAAUGUUUUCUUGGUCAACAUAUGCUUUAGACAAGAGAUGUUAAACACAUACGGUAAGAGCUUCUCUGGUUUGAAUCAGAAUCUAACAACACCAACCUGUAUUUUAAAAACUAAUCAUAUUUUACUGUGGAGGUGAAAAGUACUGAUGCAGAAAGCAUGGAAACCACAAGAGGGCAAUAGAGAAGCAUUAAUACUGCAGGGGAGUAGGGAGGACUAAAAUAUCCUGAGCGUAAAUGAUAGUCUACCUUCCAAUAAAAAAAAAAUGAAGUUCAUUGGGACAGCCCUUGCUUGCCAGAAUGAAAAUUACAAAUCUGCAUUAAUGCCAAGGUGAAAUAAAAAGACAGCAAAGGAGCAAUUCAGCGCAGCAGCCUACAUCUCAUUCUCUCUCUCUCUAGACUACAAAUCUACCAGUGCAGGUUUCUGAGAACAGUUCUUAUUGGACAUUGGACACUUUGUGAAUUUCAUUUCCGCGAAAAGUGCUAUAUAAAUAAACUUUACUUACUUACUUACUUACAUUACAAUAGGGCGAAAGGUGACCUUGCUAAUAACCGUCCCCUGUUAGUUCCUGUUCCCCUAUCGGACAAACAACCAUUAAAAUGACAGCUAUGUGGGAGAUGAGCCCACUGCUGUGUGAAAACGUUUUAGGCUGAGACAUGUGGUGAAUAAUAACUAUGGAAAUGCCAGAGAGGAAAGGAGGGCAGACAGGAGAGACAGAUAGUAAAUUUAUGUUGGUUGAGGGGCUGAAUGAUGGAGCAGUCUUGAGACACAAAUAUAAACCCAGGUAAUGAUGCAGGUCCACACACACACAUACAGAAAGUGUGAGGAAAAGAGAGAUAGUCUACUGCUGGCAGAAGCAACAUUUCAACACAACUACCGUUCUAUUGCGUAAAGUAAAAAGAUAAUCAUCAAAGUCCUAAAAGGGAAAAUAACUGUCUUUAAACCCAUACAAGAAACAUUAUGCUUUUCUCUCAUCACGAGUCCCACAUUAUUUUGGGAAUCUGUCACAUUUCUGUCACUAUUUGGGUUUGCUUAUUUCUUUUCUGUAUCCCUCCAGUACCUCCAUUAAGUUCACACCUCACACAAGCCCAGACAACAACACAUUAAUCUUGUUUGUUUCCAACCAGACACUUGGACAGAAAGGGCAGUCAGGGCUCUGGUGAAUCUGUCUCCUCUGACUCUUCACUGCUCACUCAUGGAUCCAAUUCUGAGUUACAGUUCCUGCACAACUCGCAGACUGUCACUGACCAAAGCAUGCACCCAAAUCACAAAAGGCAAAGCUGGCACAUAAACAGAGGACAAAGGAUAUCUGAGAGGAAAGCAGUGGUGAAAAAUGUGAAUCAUCCUAUAGAACGCCCUCUGUAGAAGUUUAAGGUGAAAGGAGAGCUUUUGUCCUCAUUAGAGUGAUGGCCAGACAACGGGCAGAGUUGAUUACAGUUGGCUAAGACAUGAGGAAGCCUGAGAGAGGGUUACCUUAAAUCAAGGACCUCUUUGCAAUAAGCUCAGGAUUUGACAGUUCCCAGGAAGCAGAAACGUGUAAAGCUCUACUGGUGCUUUUGUCCUCUAUACUGAACAAGCUAUGUGUGAAAAGUUAUAGCAAAAAAUAUAGUGAAAUUUAGCACCAUGAACAUUUAAAACAUAAAUUUAACAUGAACAGUGUAUGAUUACCAUAGAAAAUACUGAACUAAGCAAGAUUUAUACAACAUGGAUUAUUGGAGUAAACUCAGUCCUCAGACUGGGCCCUUAUUAAGACAAAUGAGGAAAGUAUAAUGGAAAUCAAUCCAUUCCUAUGGAGUGAAGACCUUCCAUAAACAUGAAGAUUUUAUGAGCAGGAAGCACACAAAGGUCUUCCUCAUACGAACUAUAGAUCUAGGGACUUAAUAAUUUAUUAGUGCAUUGGAUGGGUGUUAAUAGCAUUAAGUGCACAAAGGUCUACUGCAGAUACUGUAAACUUUUCGUUGUCAAUUUCGUUUAAACUCAUUCUGAAGGUUCUCACACAUUAAUGUCUUGCUUAGAAUGGUACUUUUAUUACUGAUAAUGUUUUGGCUUUCAAUGCCUGUCCCUCAAAACUACUUACAUUUCAGCUUAAACAGACUGUUUAGCAGUUGAGGUAUCAAAACAUACUGUACAAUGGUAUGCAAUGAAUGCUCA